AUGUCGGCGACGGUCGCUCAACCGACAUCGUCCGGCGAAAUUCAGGAGGAAAAGGACAAGACAGUGAGAGAGAAUGAAAAUGCUCCGGAAAGACCGUUGGAUAUCGAGCGACUUCGUCGAUGUAUUAUUGAGUUUGUGCAUGAAAAUUUCCUUGAAGUGGUUUUCUGGCAAAUGCAAACAGCAAAUCAAGAUUUUGAUGAGAUGCUUGGUGUGCAGGCAGUUGUUUUACUCAGCAAAAUGGAUGAGAAAGAAAGAGGCGUGUUACUCAUGGAACUCGUUACCAUCGUUCACGAAGCAUCUCUCCAAUGGAGGCAGGAAUAUGAACGGGUGGUUGACGCCAUACUCUACUACGCGCAUGCCGCUGGUGUAUUGUCUAUAAACAUGUGCGUGGAGGGCUUGGCACUAACAGCUGAUUUUACUUUGCGAACUAUUAUGGAUCCUCAAAAAUGGACAUUUAUCGAAGAAAAUAUACCACUUAUGGACUAUAAAGGAGUCAGAAGUUUGUUUAAAUGUUUGAUCUACCAACAGUUCAACAGUAUUCCUGCACAGCUCUCCCCUGAACAACGUCGACAGUUACUACCUGCAGAGCGUAUCCUAUUAAAAAUACUCGACCCUGAUCUUAAUGUCAUUCCUCCCAUUUUCACAUUAACAGAGCUCAGUAGAGGUAUUCUGAAGCGAGCAUACAUGUUUCCGCGCUUGGCACAUAGGUUAUCUGAGCUGAUUAUGUAUUUUCGCGCCGUGGCUGAGCUCAGCUACGUGAUCGGAAGGUGUUUUCUGUUCCCUCUACCCGCUCAUCCAUCAUUUGCUGCCUCUGCAGCUUCCUGCCGAAUCGACCACUUGACCACUCAAAUCAGCCAUCGAGCACCCUAUCUACCGUACAAGGCUGAGUUAAGAGCGCCGCAAACGUACUUACUUUAUACGGUAAUUAGACAACCACGUGGGAAGGAGGUUUUAUCGGGACUUCUUCGUCAAGUAACUCACGGUAGAACUCAGUGGGAUGAGAUCCUAUCAGUGCUGAUUAGUGAAACAAUGGCAGAGGUGCAAAAAUUACCCGAAGAGGUGGAGAUUCCUCGAUACCAGUGGGAAAAUCUUAUGAGCAUCAUAAUGUAUGGAAUUACGCAGAAACACAUAAAUCUCACCCGGUUGUUGAGUCUUUUGUCGAACGUCCUUGUGAAGACCGGAUAUCGAAGGGCACGAGAUGAAGUGAUGUGGAUAAUGCUUCAAAUUGCUGGUACAUUCCAGCCACAUCUGCAGAAAGAGCAAGUGGAGGAGAUGGCCAGAUUGUACAAUCUGCUCUUUAGCGAUGACGUUGUGUGGACUGGCGCCUCAGAUCAUCCUUCACAGUUAGUGAGGUUUCUAGCUGCAGCCUGUAUGUGGAAUAUCCUAGAUGGAUCGGAAGGACUCCCGCCUCCUAGUGAGUGUCUGGCUAACCAAAUCGAGUUUGUUCGAUCAAACACAGGUCCGCCGGAUGAAGCCAUGCAAGCAGUUUUGGAUAAUGCCUUUCGGCACGAAUCACCUAUUUCUCGAAAUGUUCAUGCUAUUUUCCAACAACGGUUAGAUGGACAACCUACUGACGAGCCACACAUCUUACCGUAUGGGCGAGCAGCCAAUAAUAAGUUGGACGCUUUCGAUAUGCAGUUUCUCGAUGCUUUAACCCUGAGAGCAAAGAUCAAUCUUCUAAUCUCGACUUGUUUUGUAUCGCUCCAUAAGGUUGAUCGGCUUCCAAGCCCUGCUUGCGUUGAGACAUGUGCUAGGAUCUUAACCUCAAUCGAGUUUGAUUAUGGUCUCACGAACUUUAUCGCCAUCCUGAACAGAUCCAUAACAGCGGCUCUCUCGCCAGCCCCAGCCGAUGGACUAAAUCAUAAGGAUCAGUGCUAUAUGCUGCUAGACUUGUUGUGCUACAGGCUACCAUCAAUCCCUAUGAACUUUCGCGCAGCAAUGUCGCACACGCAUGAUCCCACACCAGCUGGAUUGCGGUUAUGCAUGACUAUUCAUAGCGCCAUGGCGCAACCUCAUGUUGCAUCCAACCACGGUCUCUAUUCUGCCAUGGAGCACACUCUUAUGCGUCAAUGGGCAUGGAAUUUGCUCCCGGAUACCAUAAGUCUUGCCCAUUUGUUUGUGGAUAAUGCUUUUGGGAAUACUCUGUUAAAUUUGAAUUCUUGGCUGGUUUACAAUCCGAUGGACAAUACCAGAGCAGGCAGACUUGUGGUUUGCCCCGAGAUAGUUCGAAUGUUGUUGAUCACAAUGAUGAGAGCGAUGAAAAUCAUUGGAAUCGAAAGUGAUCCUGAAUUAAUGCGUAUCAACCAAGUCUAUACUUGGGCACCAAGUCAGUUGUCGUCUUUGCCGCUAGUAGCUCAACGAACGGCGAUCUCUGUCGAGGAGGACCCGGCGAAGGCUGAAGCUUUUCAGAGAGAGGUACACACCGAUUUUAUGCAAAUGCGAGGCCAACCAGAAAUGUCAUGGAUGGAGUAUAUGUCGAUGCCAUCACGUCAGCCAACGAUUCUUUGUGUGAUCUUCCGGUAUCUUAUAGAAAGUCCUCCGGAGCAUCAAAUGCUAUCACCAGUGAUUUAUCAGAUACUCGAUCGUCAAACCUGCAGAGAACAUGUUUUAGCUGUUAAUGCCCUAACUGAUUAUAUCAUUUCUCAAUGCAGUGCUGAAAAGAAUUCUGAGGAGUUUUUGCCUAUGAUGAUUCGUGUUCUUAACAUGAUGGUAUUUCAUCGACAUGUGAUGACUUUUGAUCGGUUAUUACUCUCACUGGUCCUGCAUCCAGCGACGGACCAUGCCAGCCAAAUUGCUAUGGUCAUUGUGCAGGCCCUUCUUAACUGUUCUGAAAUCAACGAACGUAUUGAUUUCUACUGUCGUUACAUUCCAAAGCGCGACGUGGAUGCUCCUGAACAUUUCCGACGUCUUGCGGAGUACCACAGAAAAUUCCCAGAGAUGACCUUUGCUGAGAUGGCUAACCGGCCCCCAAUGAUGGCUGAGAUGAUAAACCCAAGAGCGCAUUAUCCCAUAUACUAUGGCAGUUUGAUUGAGCGGUUGCUACCGAUCCUCGAUUUUACGCUAGCCCGAGCCCUCGAGCUGCAGGUGGACAAUAUUUUCUCAACAAUAUUGACUACAUGUGGACCGAUUUACAAAUUUCACCCAUAUCCAAUCACAUUUCUUUAUACGAUUCUAUUCUGUAUGCAUGAGCAGUUGGGCCAUCACCCAAGAGCUAGGCAGUUUGUUCUGGCGAUUUUGUGCCAAGGUGAUCAAAGUUCCCUCACUCAGUCGUUCAUAAACGAUAAUCAUCAGAGAGUUUACUCUUUCGAAGAACUUGUAUAUGAAUUGGCAGACAGAAUAAUAACAUGUAGCGAAUUCAUACUUACCCCACCCUCAUAUGUUGCACCUGAUUGGCGAUUUGCUGAGUAUCCGCCGGCUGCACAGGCUCUCUACUUGGCUUGUAUUGAGCUUCUCGCUAGUCCGCAUACACCCGAGCACAUCGUACCUGCGAUGAUCAAUCUACUAGUGAGCUCGAGAGCUCAACCUCCUCGGCCAUAUCUAAUGUUAAAUGCUAUCGCACUACUCCUGACUGCAUUGCCUGAAGCGUACUGUAGGGUGUUACAGAACGAAUUUCUUGCUGUUAUUGACAGCGGAGUGUUGGCAGAGAUGACGUUCGAAGAAAUAGUGUUUGACGAGUUUGAGGAGCGACAACUGCUACAAAUGGCCAGCCGACCACUUAUAGUUAAUGUUGUGGCACAAGCCUAUUGGUAUCACAGCAAUUUGACAUCAUUGUCCAAACUGAUAUCCACUUUUGCUGGUGAAGUGUGCAGCAGGGCAAAUACCGAGAAUGAUUUGUGGUAUGCCCUAAGGCUUGUGGUUCCACUCCUGCAAAGAUGCUAUGAUUGGAGAGAGAAGGUCAAGCAUGAAGAGAGUUUGAAAGUUGUUAGCAUACUGUACACGAAGAUUGGUGAUAUCACAGAACGCUACGGAGAUAUUUUACAUGGGGAUGAACUGUGUGAUCUACUUUAUUAUUUUAAAUACAUGUUCGUGGGCGACUUCUUGAGGAAAGAAGCAGAGGCCGCUUUUCCGAGAUUUCCUCCGAGGAUGAGGGAGCGUCUGAAGUUUUACACCUCGUUUUCUUCAAACAAGGAAAAGGACGAAGACUGUACAGCAAAAAUGAGCUCAGUAAGCCGUCCAGAUCUGGCUACACUGCUAAAGACAUCCCGAGCUAAUGCUCCAGACCGAACUAGUGAUAUGAAUACUGCGGGAACCGCAGCAGAUCAUUAG